GCCAAGCGAUUCCAGGAAACCCCAUUUCUAAGUGACCUCAUGGUGCAAUACACUGCUCCCCACCCCAGGGACAGAAGGCGACAGUAGAGAGCUAAGUCACCUGCCUGCCACUGGGAAACGCUGGCCCCAGAUUCCUUUGCCUCUGUGACAGUGACGCACUCAAAAGUGACUCAGUUUCAGGGAAAGGAAAUUGGAGUGGACAGAGGCUGAAGAUUGUGUGGACCGGCAGGGAAAAGGCACGGUGAUGCCCUCAACCCGGUCCCUGCGGGGACUCCACCACGUAGCCUGUCCUGCCUGCGCCCGGCCCCUGCAGGAUGCGGUGACCAUAGCCUGCGGACACAGGAUCUGCCUACUUUGCCUCCCGCGCACCCCGAUGGGGGCUCAGCUGCUAUGCCCGCUCUGUCAGGAGGAAGAAGAAGAGCAAACCCAGGCCGCAGUGGCCCCAGUGGCCCUGGGUCCCCUGGGCGAGACCUGCUGCGAGGAGCACGGAGAAAAGAUCUAUUUCUUCUGCGAGACAGACGCUGAGCUGCUCUGCGUGUUCUGCAGGGAGGGCCCCGCCCACCAGGCGCACACCGUGGGGUUCCUGGAUGAAGCCAUCCAACCCUACAGGGAUCGUCUCAGGAGUCGGUUAGAAGCUCUGAGGAUUGAGCGGGACAAGAUGGAAGACAGGAAGUGCCAAGAAGACCAGAAGCUCCGAGAGCUCCUGAUGCAGGUUGAAAGCAAGAAGCAACAGGUAGAAGCAGCAUUUGAGAGGCUGUCACAGGAGCUUGGGGACCAGAGGCACCUCCUGAUGACCAGGCUGGAGGAGCUAGAACAGCAGAUCUGGGAGGAGAGGGAAGAGUACAUCACAAAGGUCUCUCAGGAAGUCCACAGGCUGGGCGCCCAGGUUGAAGAGCUGGAGGAGAAAUGUCAGCGGCCAGGAAGUGAGCUUCUGCAAGAUGCCAGAUUCAACCAGAACAAAUAUGAGAUGAAGACUUUUGUGAGUCCAGAGGCCAUUUCCUCUGACCUUGCUAGAAAGAUCCGAAACCUCCACAGGAAAAUACUUGGCCUUCCAAAGAUGAUGAGGACAUUCUCGGAAAACUUGAUACAUCAUCUGGAAACAGAUUCAGAAAUAGAAGCCUAAGAAGCAGGUAGCAUGGAUGAUGCUCCAUCCUGGAAGUGUGUGUGAAGUCACUCUGGACCCGAGCCUGGUCCACUUCGAAGACUUGAUGUCUACCUGAGUGUCAGCUGCACCAUGUGAAUGGCCCCAGGAGGUGGGGGCCAGGGUGGGGAGAGAGCAGGCGCUGGACACCAAGGACAGUGUUCUUGUUCCAGCUGGCCUGCACCCACCUGUCUCGAACCAUGAGAUACAGCUGUCUUUCGAUGUAGACAUAGCCCUGGACUAUCAGGCAGGGUGAGAGACCCUGCAAAUGUCCCAUACCAGGGCACCAACUACCAUCUCUUUCUCUACUCCUACCUCACCUGGAAACAAGUUCCUUGCCUGACUUCGAACGACUGGGGUGGAGCCAAGGAAGUAUGGCAGGGACACUGGCACCCAGGAAUCCAGCUCUGUCCCUAGUAUUCCAAAGUGACACUGGAAUUCAGUGUCUUGGAACCUUGCAUGGUGGUUUUUAAUUUAUGUGUCAAGUAAAUUCAGUUCCUUGCAGUCCUGUUCUUGGACACGAUGUUCUCUCUGAACCAGAGGCAGGCAAGGAAGGCUACAACCUAGACAACAGUAAGCUAAGAGCCAAUGGGAUUUAGAAGGGAAAAACAAACACAAACUAGUAAAAGCCUCACAGCGAGCAGAGUAGGGAAGCCAGGACUCUGUUUGGCUUGCAUUAAUUUAUAGUGGCUUUUGGACACAAAGCAGGACAUGCUUUGGAGCCUCAUCAACUCUGGGUGGACCCCAAAGCCCUCUCAGGCCAUGCAUACAGGUUUUGAAUGUCCUAAUAAAGUUAUGUGACCCACA